AGCAGAAGUCAGAAAGUCAAAUUUCUGUAAGGGGGGUCUUCUGGCUCAAAUGUGGACUUUUCCGCCGUUUCUGCUCCCUGUUCCCACCAUCCAGAGCUGGGGGGUGUAAUUAAGACCGAGUUAUAGUGCGCUGAUUUCUAGUUAAAGUUUUUAUGUGACUUAAAGGAGGUUAAUUGGACUUGCGGACUUGUUGGCUCCUCUCUCCGGUUGUUUUGCGCUGCGUAAAAACGCAGCUCGUCUGCGCGUCUAAAUCCGCCAGCAUGACCGCAGCGCAUCUUUGGUUUUAAAACUGUCAUGCGGGCAACAUUACGGGGGUGACAUCCCCUGCUGUGGCGACCCUCGGUGAAUGCGCUUCCUGCGUCCUUCCUGUGGAAUGGCCGGAGUCCAGGUGUCUGCAGCAGCGGGGAACCGAUGCGGCCGCCCGGAGGAGCCAGCCGGGAAGUGACGGAGCGCAUCAGACUGGGAUGCAAGAGAGAGCCUGACCACAGAGGGACAAUCUCCAGCUUCUUUUACCUGGACUCUGUACGGGCCCCCAGGAGCCAUGGCCUCUCAGAUGGUGUGCGGGCUCAUCUUCAGGCUGCUGCUGCCUACUUGUCUCGCAGCUGCUUGUCUGUUCAGGUACAAUGUCCUGUCCUUUGUCUACCUCAUCUAUCUCCUGCUUCUUCCGCUCUUUCCAGAGCCGACAAGCACAACAAUGCAAGGCCAAACAGGUCAUCUGCUGCAGUCCCUCUGCUUCACCAGUAUGUCCUUCCUGCUGCUGCACAUCAUCUAUCAGAUUACCAUCAACAGCCUCCUGGCUGGGAACUCCAUCUCCUCUGACUUCAACUGUUCUUCAUGGGAGAGAUCCAUACGACAGAUUGGCUUUGAAAGUGUUAUUGGCGCAGAUGCAGGGAACGGCAUCCGAGUGUUUAUCCCUGACAUCGGCAUGUUCAUGGUCGGCCUGGCCAUCUGGCUGCUGUGUCGCAGUCUGGUCCAGAAGAGGCCGCCUGAGGAAAUGGGCCAGUACAACGCAGACUUCGAUGCAGAGGAACAAGAGGACGAGGAGAAGCCGAGUCCAUAUGAUGACGAUGUCCUGCUGGAGGACGACCUGGAGGCAGGUUAUGAGGCAGGGGAGGAUGAGGAGAACGAGGAGCUUUUUGAUGAAGAUGAGGAGGAUGAAGAGGAGGAGGAGGAGGAAGAGGCAAAAGAAAGUACUAAGAUGAAGAUCCUGCGAAUGGUGGCAGAAGUGGCUUCGAAAGUGAAGGAGAUCAUUGGGAAUCUGAUCACCACUGCAGGGAAAGUGGUGGUCACCAUCCUGCUGGGCAUGACAGGGAUCAUGCUUCCCUCGCUGACUUCUUUUGUUUACUUCUCCAUCUUCCUGUUCCUGUGCACCUGGUGGUCUCUUUGCCGGACCUUUAACACCCUCAUAUUCAGCUGCAUGUGUGUCCUGAUGGCCAUCUUCAGUGCCGGACAUCUUGUGGUGCUUUACCUUUACCAGUUCCAGUUUUUCCAGGAGUCCAUCUCACCAAACGACACAUACGUCAGGGUCUUUGGUAUCGCCCCCAUUGUCCAGACCAACUGUUCCUGCACGUGGAAGCUCACGGUGCACCCGGAUCGUAAGUGGUACCACUUUGUCAAUCCCAUCAUGCUGCUAAUCCUCUAUUACACCCUGGCCACACUCAUCCGCCUUUGGCUGCAGGAGCCCAUCGACCAACUCAUGGAUGAUAAGGAUGAAGAUAUGUAUGAGGAAGAGGAGCAGACUGGAAACGGACUGAAUAACUUUGCCAACAGGAAGAGGCAGCUGUGGUGGGAAUCUCGCCAAGGCACUGACGAGAAAAAUCUUCUCUCAACCCAGGAUGGAAUCAGUACAACUGAGGUUGUACCCACCUCAAAUGGGACGUCUUUUGACUUUGUUACUAAUGGACCACUUGCUUUGGACUUGUACUCGACACCCCAAUAUAAACUGGACAAGCUCACUGACUGUACAGCAGAGAAGAAAGAAGAGUCUGUGUAUGAAGUGAGCUUACCCCCAGAAGAUUCGGCACUGAAAGAGUCAGAGGAUGAGGAGAAUGACAUUAAGAAAAAAGGAGUCGGAGCAAUGGUUAAAUUCUUCCAUUUCAUCAUGAAACAGAGCUACAUAUGUGCUCUAAUAGCCAUGAUGGCGUGGAGCAUCACAUAUGUCAGCUGGCUGACUUUCGUCUUCCUCAUGUGGUCCUGUGUGCUGUGGAUGGUGAGGGACCGGAGACGUUACGCCAUGCUGUCGUCUCCUUUCAUGGUGGCCUACGGCAAUCUGGUGAUAGUGCUUCAGUAUAUUUGGAGUUUCGAGAAUAUGCAACCAGUCGCAGGAUUCUUUGUUACGAAGAAAAACCCCUUCCACUCCCUUUCAUCCAAGAUGAUGUGUCUGGUGACAUUCUGGUUGCUGCUGAGACAAACACUAACCGAGAGACAGGAAAAACAAAAAGAAGAGAACACAGGUCUCUUGGAUGUCUUGGUGGACAGUCAGAAGAAGGAGGAGGAAAAAGACAAAGAGGAGGGAGGGGAGCAGGACCUCCUGCAUGUUCUUGGCAGCUUGGUGAUGGGUGUUCUCGUCAAAUACUGGAUCUACAUCUGUGGUGGGAUGUUUUUCAUCGUCAGCUUUGAAGGGACAAUCGUCAUGUACAAGAUCAUCUACAUGAUGAUGUUACUCUCCUGUGUGGCUCUGUACCAGGUGCACUAUGAGUGGUGGAGAAGGAUCCUAAAGUACUUUUGGAUGACUGUAGUGAUGUACACCAUGCUGGUCCUUACCAUUAUCUACACCUUCCAGUUUGACGGUUCUAAAGAAUUCUGGGAAUCAGCACUGGGUAUGAAAGAUGAGGACAAGUUAAAGGACUUGGGUCUGGAGCGGUUUUCAGUGUCCAUGCUCUUCACCAGGAUCUUCAUUCCCACCUCCUUCCUCUUAGCGUGUAUUCUCCACCUGCACUACUUCCACCAACCCUUCCUCCAGCUCACUGAUCUCCAGGCCGUGAUCGCCAAAGAAGAAAGCACCAUCUACAGCCAUGUUAAAGUCAGAGAACGGGUCGAUUUGAUCAUUAAUAGCAUCAAAGAAAAAAUUCCUUCUCAACAGAGCAAACUGGCGGAGCCUGCUGCAAGCCUGGAGGACCUCACCAUGCUCAGUGCCAGCUCAAUUGAGGCUACGCUCCCCAAAGACAAGGAGGAGAAGGAGGAGGAGCAGCAGAGCUGGGGCUCAGGGAACGAGACGGAGCAGGCCCUUGUUGUUGUGACGGACACUGUCGACAGCAUGAGUGACGAGAAGCCCAAAAGCUUCUCCGACCAACGCCAGUCCAGCACAGAGGACAGUCAGCGCUGCAGCGCUGCAACAGAGCCAGAGCCGAGCACAGAGCAGAGCUCAGAUUUUAAGAAUAAGUGGCACCUGGUGGUCGACCGCCUCACCGUGCUCUUCCUCAAGUUCCUGGAGUACUUCCACAAACUGCAGCUCUUCAUAUGGUGGCUACUGGAGAUCCACAUCAUCAAGAUCGUAUCUUGUUACAUUGUUAUGGUCUGCAUCAACGAGGUGUCUUUGCUCAAUGUUGUGUUCCUGGCAUCGUGGGCCUUUGCACUGCCCUACAGCCAGUAUCAACCCCUUGCUUCCAGUGUUUGCACUGUCUGGACGUGUGUCAUCAUUGUGUGUAAAAUGCUGUACCAACUGAAGACGAUAGUGCCCCAAGAAUACAAUUGCACAGUUCCAGAUACCUACACAAAGCCUCAGAGGGAACAGCUAGAGAAAUAUCCACUGUAUCAGAAGAAAUCUGAUUGGAAUGGCAACUGGGUGGGCCUGGAGAAGACUCAAAUUGACCUGCUGCAAUACCUCAGGGAGAACCUGUUGAUGUUGGCGCUGUUGGCGUUUGAGGUGACCAUUUAUCGUCAUCAGCAAUACUUCCGAUUAAGGAACAAACUGUCGCCUCCGGCGGCCAGGAUCAUCUUCCAUGACAUCACUCGCCAGCAUCUUGACAUUGGCAUCGUCAGCUUUGUGAAAUACUUCAUCAACUACUUCUUCUACAAGUUUGGACUUGAAACCUGUCUCCUGCUGGUUGUAAACAUCAUUGGCCAGCGUAUGGACUUCUAUGCCAUGCUCCAUGCCUUUGCCCUUAUAGCAGUCAUGUACAGACGUCGAAGAAAGGCCAUCGCUGAAAUCUGGUCAAAGUACUGCUUCUUCCUUGCAAGCAUGCUUACUUUCCAAUACUUUGUCUGCAUCGGGAUCCCGCCUGCUGACUGUAAAGAAUAUCCCUGGAGGUUUCCAAACUCUACAACAGACCCAAAUGUGAUAAAGUGGCUCUAUAUUCCAGAUUUCCAUACCAAGCCCAAUCCACAUUUCCUUGCCUACGACUUUGCUUUGCUGCUCUGCGCCUCUCUCCAGAGGCAGGUCUUUGAUGAUGAAAACAAGGCAGCUGUCCGCAUCAUGGCCGGUGACAAUGUGGAGAUCUGCAGAGACCUGGACGCCGCCUCCUUUAGCGUCCAUAACCCCGUCCCAGACUUCAUCCACUGCAGGUCGUACCUCGACAUGCUGAAGGUCAUCAUGUUUAGCUACCUAUUCUGGUUCGUCCUCACCAUUAUCUUCAUUACGGGGACUACCCGGAUCAGUGUCUUUUGUAUGGGUUACCUGGUGGCCUGCUUCUACUUCCUGCUUUUUGGUGGUGACCUGUUGCUAAAGCCAAUCAAGAAGAUCCUCCACUACUGGGACUUCCUGAUCGCCUACAACAUCUUUGUAAUCACAAUGAAGAACAUUUUGUCAAUCCUGGCUUGUGGCUACAUCAACUCCCUGAUCCGGAACCAAUGCUGGUUAAUCCAGUUGUUUAGUCUGGCAUGCACCAUCAAAGGUUAUGAAAUAAACUCAGAAGAAUAUAAAGAUGCCAUCAAAGACUGUGAGCUGCCCAAAGAUGAGGCAGGCAUAAUAUGGGACAGUAUCUGCUUCGCCUUCCUGUUGCUGCAGAGACGUGUCUUCAUGAGCUACUAUUUUCUCCACGUGGUGGCAGAUAUCAGAUCAUCUCAGAUCCUCGCAUCCAGAGGAGCAGAGCUUUUCCAGGCCACUAUAGUGAAGGCAGUGAAAGCCAGACUGGAGGAGGAGAGCAAAUCUGUAGAGCAGCUAAAGCGACAGAUGGACCGCAUUAAGGUGAGGCAGCAAAAGUUUAAGAGGGGCAAGGAGAAGAUGCUCUGCCUGGCCCAGGAGUCCGCCGACGGACAGACGCACGUCCGGCCUGAGGAGGAAGAUGAUGAUGAUGGAGCACAGCGAGCGAAAGCCAAGACCAAAAAAAAGCAGUGGUGGAGGCCGUGGGUUGACCAUGCUUCCAUGGUUAGAAGUGGAGAUUAUUACCUGUUUGAAACUGAUAGUGAGGAAGAAGAGGAGGAGGAGGAGAAAAAAGAUGAAGACCCACCAAAGAAGUCGGCUUUUCAGCGAGCGAUUGGGAAGUUUGUCUCAGCUGUUCUGGCUUUGCCUAAGUCUAUCAUUAGGCUGCCUAAAACUGUGUUGCAGUAUGUAGUCAAGGCAGGAAAGUUUCUUUACCAGGCCUGGAUCACUGACCCCAAAGCUGCUCUAAAGGCACGAGCCAAAGACAAACGCAAGUUUUGGAAGAAGUACACAAAGAGAGUGAGAAACAGGAAAAGCAAGAAAGAUAGUAAGAAAGGCAGAGAGGAGGAACCAAAGGGCAGAGAGGAGGAACCAAAGGGCGGAGAGGAGGAACCAGAGGGCAGAGAGGAGGAACCAGAGGGCGGAGAGGAGGAACCAGAGGGCGGAGAGGAGGAACCAGAGGGCGGGGAGGAGGAACCAAAGUGCGGAGAGGAGGAACCAAAGGACAGAGCUGAGGAACCAAAGUGCGGAGAGGAGGAACCAGAGGGCGGGAAGGAGGAACCAAAGUGUGGAGAGGAGGAACCAAAGGACAGUUUAGAGGAACCAAAGGACGGAGUGGAGGAACCAAAGUGUGGAGAGGAGGAACCAAAGGACAGUUUAGAGGAACCAAAGGACGGAGUGGAGGAACCAAAGGACGGAGCGGAGGAACCAAAGGACGGUGAGGAGGAACCAAAGGACAGGAGAAGUUUUGAAGACGACGAGGAUGAGCACCAGGAAGGUGAUGAGGUUGGAGGAUGGGAGGUACGAGAAGACCAGGAAAGAGAAAGAGCUCCCUCCGAGGCCUUCAGCCCAGAUGAAGGGCCCUCGAUGAGGCACGAUGAAGCAGAAUACAGUCCCUCUGUUCAGGAGAACGACUCAAUCAGCGGGAGCGAAGGCGGAGGAGGACGGCAGGACUUCAUGCAGACAGAAGGUCAGUCCGUCUUGCUCUACACCCCCGACACAGACGCCUCCAAAACGUCAGAUGCUGAAGUGCCUCCCAGCUACAGUAAGGCGGUGAGCUUUGACCGCCUGGAGGUCAGCGACGAUGAAAGUGAUUCUUACAGGAGGAGGCGCAUGGUCAUGACAUCUGACAGCCAUUCAGACAGCAGGUCAGACAUCAUGCUGCCCUCUAUGACCACUGAGCUGACUGCCAGCGAACUGCUGCUCAACAAGAUGUUCUAUGAUGAGGAGCUGGAAGAGUCAGACCAUUUCUACCAAUCUCAGCCGCUGAUCCUGCAGUUCUGCUACGCCCUCUACAACAUGCUGGUCGCCCACUCAGAGUUUGUUUGCUACUUGGUCAUCAUCAUCAACCACAUGGUGUCAGCCUCCUUCGUCACCCUGGUCCUUCCCAUUACCAUCUUCCUCUGGGCCAUGCUGUCGGUGCCGCGGCCCAGUAAGCGCUACUGGAUGACGGCCAUCAUCUACACAGAGGUUACCAUCGUCAUCAAGUACUUCUUCCAGUUUGGCUUUUUCCCCUUCAACCAGAACAAGCUAGACAGGAAUAAACCAUAUCACCCUCCCAACAUCAUUGGUGUAGAGAAAAAAGAUGGAUACGUCCACUAUGAUCUGGUCCAGUUGCUGGCUCUGUUCUUCCAUAGGUCCAUCCUAAAGUGUCAUGGUCUGUGGGAUGAAGACCAGCCCAAAGAGAAGAAGGAGGCGGCUCGUCAGAGCCAGAGCGAAUCUGAGGAUGAGGGGAGAGAGAAGGAGGAAAGCGAGAAGGAGUCUGAGCCGGCCUCAUCGCUGAUCAACACCAGGAGAGGCUCCAAUCACACCUUAAGGUCCAUGACCUUUGGGACCUCCAUUGAUUCAGAGCAGGUCCAGGUGCAUUACCCACAGCCUCAGACCUACCAGAGGAGAAAAAGCUCCAGUGGAGGCUCACAUGUUUCCUAUCGAUCUCGAGUUUCUUCUGCAAGAUCGAAGAGAGGAAGUACGGCUUCCCGCAACAGCAGCCACAAGGACGGCAGUCAGGCCAGUGUCCACCAGAAGACCCGCAAACAGAUGAUCAUGGAGAAGCUGAGGGAGCAGCUCUUUAAAGCCAAGGCUUUCAUCAUAAAGCGGUUUUUGGAGAUCUACCUACCUAUUAAGCAGUUCUUCUACAACCUGAUCCACCCAGAGUACAGCGCCGUCACAGACGUCUAUGUGUUGAUGUUCCUCGCUGACACUGUAGACUUCAUCAUCAUUGUGUUUGGGUUCUGGGCAUUUGGAAAACAUUCGAGUGCGGACAUUACUUCGUCUCUAUCAGAGGAUCAGGUUCCCGGACCCUUCUUGGUCAUGGUUCUGAUCCAGUUCGGCACCAUGGUGGUGGACCGGGCCCUCUACCUCAGGAAGACUGUGAUGGGGAAGGUCAUCUUCCAGGUCAUCUUGGUCUUUGGGAUCCACUUCUGGAUGUUCUUCAUCCUGCCAGGCGUCACUGAAAAACGUUUCAGCGAGAACACGGUGGCUCAGAUGUGGUAUUUCGUCAAGUGUAUCUACUUUGGGCUGUCAGCCUAUCAGAUCCGCUGCGGGUAUCCCACCCGUGUUCUGGGAAACUUCCUCACCAAGAGCUACAACUAUGUCAACCUCUUCUUGUUUCAAGGUUUCCGCCUGGUACCUUUCCUGACGGAGCUGCGAGCAGUGAUGGACUGGGUUUGGACCGACACCUCGCUGUCCUUGUCCAGCUGGAUCUGUGUUGAGGACAUAUAUGCUCACAUUUUCAUCCUCAAAUGUUGGAGAGAAUCUGAGAAGAGAUACCCUCAGCCUCGAGGCCAGAAGAAGAAGAAAGUGGUGAAAUACGGGAUGGGUGGAAUGAUUGUGGUGCUGCUCAUCUGUAUCGUCUGGUUCCCGCUUCUCUUCAUGUCGCUGGUCAAAUCUGUGGCUGGGGUCGUCAACACUCCCCUGGACGUUUCGGUGAAAAUCACCCUGGCUGGCUUUCAGCCCAUCUUCACCAUGAGUGCUCAACAGCAACAGCUCCACACUGCGAACGACACAGGAUUUACUGAAUUUCAGAGACUGAUAGCAAGAGACCAUGACUCCAAAUCUAAUAUGGCGUUAGAGUGGCUGGAGACCUAUAUUAAAGACGAUCUGGUCAUCGCGCAGCUCAAGGGCAGCUCCAACUCUCUGUGGACCAUCAGCCCACCCAGCAGACAAAACCUGAUAGACAUGUUGGGAGCAAAUGAUAAAGCUUUCCAAAUCACCGUCGCCUGGUCUGUGCAAAGAAACCUGAGUCUUGGUGCCAAAGCUGAGACAGCAUCUGGGAAAAACGUGUUAACUCUAGGAAACGACACAAGGCAUGAGCUCAUUACACUUCUCAAUGGGACAGAAGGCAACUUAAAAGUGACUAUCCCAAAGUUGAUUCCGCGCUACAUUCGAGCCCCCAGUGACUCAGAUGCCACUCCUGUCGAACAGCUUGGUGAUGACAACAUGUUUGACGUUUCCCUUAGUCUGAAGCGGGCCCAGGAAUCAUCUGAUCAGAUACAGGAAUGGUGGAUUGUGGACGAGCUUAAACCCGGACCUAUAAUGAUAGAGGGUGAAAAACAGGAAGCAGGCCUGCACAUCUAUGUGUUUAGUGACCAAGUCAGCCCGCCUAGUCUGGGUUUUCUGGCAGGAUACGGAAUCAUGGGUCUGUACGCCUCCGUUGUUCUGGUCAUCGGCAAGUUUGUGCGCGAGUUCUUCAGUGGCAUCUCCCACACCAUCAUGUUCGAGGAGCUGCCCAACGUGGACCGCAUCCUCAAGCUGUGCACCGACAUCUUCCUGGUCCGAGAGACAGGGGAGCUGGACCUAGAAGAAGACAUGUAUGCCAAACUCAUCUUCCUCUACCGAUCGCCGGAGACAAUGAUCAAGUGGACACGGGAGAAAACUCAGUGAAACGGGAGGUUAACUAACGAGGAUGCUCCAGAGAUGUUCACGGGAUCUGUGUGAUCGCCGCUGAAGCGCAACGAGGAGCAAGGGGCUAGUUUGAGCUCAGACGGCAGCGAUGUAGCACUGGCUCCACACAGAAACAGAGAUUGAACUAAUACUGGUACUUUUUACUUGUUAAAAAACAGGGGACCGGCGCCACAAUGAAAAUCGAGCACAAAGUUGUUACUACUGCUCAGUAGGUCAUAAGGUUUUUGUAGAACGUGGCUGCAGCAUUACUGUUUUAAGGGCUUUCCACUGAUGAGCAUGUGCACAGUGAUAACCAGAGCACAAUCUGUGACACCGCCCACCCCCAACAAUUAGAAACUUUGGAUCUGGGUUUGGUGCAAAACUGAGCCCCCAUUUCUGCAAAGCUUUUUAAGGUUGGGAGCACACAGAAGACGCCAUUGGUGACCAAAAAACAUUAUUUUGCUUUUCAAGAGGCUCUGUGAAACCAAGAAAAGGGAAACUAUUCUGUGACUUUCUUGCCUUUUUGUUUGUUUGUAUGAGUAGAACUGAAAUUGUUCAGAAUCACACAUCUUUCUCAGGAAGAGCUGUUUUCACCAAUACUCGUCAUAUAUGUCGUAUAUGUAGGCUUUAACGGAUCUAAACGAAUGUGAGAUUGUAGAAAAGGUGAGAACUAUUUAAAUGGCAUGAAAAAUAUAAUUAGAUGGACUGAAGUCAAGUUUGUUUACUGCAUCCUGGAGUGGGGGGAGGGGGGUUGUCUAUGUAUUGAAACGACAUCAUUGCCAAUCAACCAUAUCCACUCAAUCUUAAUAAUCAUGACUCUUUCUCUCUCUCCAACACCCGUGGGCCUCUCUGUUUAUAACACAAACACACAGACAGCUGUGAGGGCUACAGUUGUGCAUCCAGAAGAAGAAACUUCCUCACAAAAAGGGCUGAGACACGAGCCCUUUGGCCCAAACUAUGCAUUAAAUAGCAUUUUAGCAUGAGUGAAUAACUUAAUUAUUGCCAUGAUCAUUUUCAAAACUUGUACAUACAUGGGGGGGGGUUAUGUUAUUUGAAGGGACGGGUCACUGAGAAAUGAAAUGUGAAAUCCUAGCUGUAUAUUAAGACAAAUUGAUAAGAUGUGCAAAUAAAGAUGUCU